AGAAAAACCUUUGCGUCCCCUGUUUGGUGCUUUUGCGCAUGCUCAGACUGCACUCCCGUCUUAUUAAUUUUUAAUGGAAAAUGGCUGCGUUUCUUAUCCAAACCUCUGGAGCUGGGCAAUAAAACCCCGUCAAAGCGGAAGCAUCUCGCGUGUCGUUAACGUUCACACCGAAACAAUCCGAUGUGGUGAUUAUACGUUAGCUAGCCGACGUCCUGUGGUGCCAACAUAUUUGGGGAAAAUGGAUCGACUCACGCUUUGAGGGAUGAAAGAUCAUUUUUCUCCUUAACCCUUUCUACGCCGAGAUCUUCGAACAAUCGAGCAGAGGAUGAUGCGCCAGGUGACAAGCAGUGAGUUCUGCAUGACUAGCAGGCCGUCAUGCCUAGCAGAGGACAGCCACCACCCCGCCGCCCACUUUGACCUGUGCACCCAGGCCAACAAGUUCUACCCUCCUCCCUCUCCGUCGGCCCUCCAGAUGACGCUGGCUCCUAUGACCUUGCCCACCCAGAGCCACAAGCCCAUGGUGUGCCAGAGACAAGAAGUACUCGGGGGCACGCCUGGAAAAAUACCCAGCAUUAAAAGCACUGAUCAAGCGCCAGACGACGGCAAGAAGAAGAACAAGGCUGCUGGGAAGACAGGCAGACGCGGGAGGCCUUUGGGAACCACCAAGCUAGCCGGAUACAGAACCAGCACAGGGCGACCCCUCGGCACCACCAGAGCCGCAGGGUUCAAGACGAGCCCGGGAAGGCCGCUGGGUACAACCAGAGCGGCGGGGUACAAGGUCAGCCCCGGACGGCCUCCUGGCAGCAUCAAGGGCCUGUCUCGCCUCAACAAACUGGCUUAUGGCAGCACCUGCAGCGGAGCGGCUUUCCCCUAUCCGCUGCCACACAAGGACAUCCUCUGUGAACCUUCCUGCAAAGAGAAGACAGCUAAUGAGUAGAGGCUCUACUCUGUUUCCAGUCACCCUCCAUCAGUUGACUCAGAGACGCAUGUGCACAGGUUUCCUGACAGAUAUUGGGGUGAUUGUAAUCUUUUCCAGUCUGCUGUAAGGCUGUGAGGAGGAGAUUUUAUAUAAUUCGUGUUGGUGUCAUCUGUGUGCCUGCCACCUGAUAAAAUACUGUUAGUCUGUCAGUGCCACUGCUGGAGAUCUAUAGUGUGCGGACGGUUUCACUACACCUUGCUGUAUCUGUUUCCUUGGAAAAAAAUAACAUCAGAUGUUCAUUGAGCAACAGGCUUUUAUCUUUCUAACUGUAGUGGUAGGUUCAUCUUUGGUGUGCUUUAUGUAGCAUUUUAAAGGGGCGCUAUGCAGUUUUGGCCAUUUCUUUGCUUUUUGCUCGCAGGUUUCUCUAUAGAGCUCCCCCUGCAGCUUUAGAAUAGAUAUUUGGCAGCUCCUAUGUUUACUUGUGUCUGACUCCUCGCUCGGUCAGUCCGCCGUUUCCUCUUUCUCUGUUCCUCCGACAAUGCGUUCCUAGCUUUCAGCUUCUUUUUUACCAGCUCAGCCAUGUGGAUAGUGUGAAAAACUCCAUUGCUACCUUGUUCUUAUACCUACUCGGUUCCUGAACGGGGGCAUGUAUGUCUGCAGUGCCGUGAAGCAAUUUGUUAAAUUGCGAGACCUGAUAUCACGCAAUCCUUUGUGACGCUGAGGACAGCGACUUGCCGGCCGAAAGUUGCAAGGGUGGUUUUUUCUUCUCACAGGCGCUAGGGGGGAGCGGGACGGCCACCAUUCAAC